GUGACUUUCUAUCUUGAUUGAGUACUUUGCAAGCUGAUGCCUAGUUGCAUAGUGCAAGAAAUAAUAACUCCAAAUAUUAAGUACUGCACGGUCUUCCAUCGCAUCGGGCCCAUGCCUGCGGUAUAUGCAUCCAUCCCCGUCAUAUGCUAUGAUAUUUUAUUGGUUGUUCUCGCCAUCACCGUCCUCGGGAAGCACCUGAAAGAACGAAAGGAACUUAAAAUGAAGCCUAACACCUACGUAGUAAUGAUCGUCCGAUAUCAUGUCAUAUACUUUGUCCUGAAUUUGGCAAGUCAAAUAUUCAUGGCGAUAUUGUGGGCCCACCUUCCGACGGCGGUGCUGAAUCUCGUACUAUUGUUCAAGAAUACCGCGCCACUGAUUAUCGCGCCACGUCUUAUUAUCAGCAUCUGGGAUACGCAUGCCAACGACAACUGCGUACAUGUCAGUACAACGUUCGAGGAUUGUGUCUGUUGGACUUUGCCACCGGAAUUGGGGCAGCCCGAGAUCGACUCCCGCGUAUGAUGCUCCAAAUAUUGAGGAAGGAGGUAGAUUGAGGUUCAUACUUCCCCCUAGCUAGCGUACACCUCAAAUACCUAUUCACUUAAAUGCUGCACCGCCAUCUACAAGGUC